UCUCUCCAAAGUAAAAAAGGAAAAACGUGAGACAGAACAGAGAGAUCGAGGAAUGAGAGACACGAAGACGACUAAGAGAGAAUGUCGUCUUCGUUGUUUCGUCAAAUUUUUCUCUUCAUCUCAUCUCUCGUCCUUCUCUUCUCCGGCGAUGUUCCCUCCGCCGCCGGAGCUCCCUCUACACGCGAGGUGAUGAGAGAAAGGAGGAAUAAGCUGCAAACGAUGGAGUUUUUAAACGCGCACAACACAGCGCGGGUAGCUUCAGGCGCGUCGCAUCUCAGAUGGGAUCAAGGCCUGGCCCGUUUCGCAAACGAUUGGGCCAAACAGCGCAAAUCGGAUUGUAAAAUGACCCAUUCAGGUGGGCCCCACGGGGAGAAUAUAUUCUGGUACCAAAGGAGUGUGAACUGGACGCCGAAGAGAGUGGUUGCGACGUGGGUGGAUGAAAGCUUGCACUACGAUCGGACGACUAACUCGUGCGGAGCUGGUAAGAUGUGCGGCCAUUAUACGCAGAUCAUAUGGCGCACAACCACUGCCGUUGGAUGCGCACGUGUCAAGUGUGACAACGAGCUUGGAUUCCUAGUCGUUUGCGAGUAUUCACCUGGUGGAAAUUACGAUGGCGAAAGUCCCUUUGAUUCGCCUAAAUGAUAUUAUAAUCAUACAACUUCAAUGUUGUUUUUCUCUAAUUGUUCUCUCAAAUUCAAAUGAAACCAUUUUUCUUCCUCGAUGUUUUUAGCUAAUGCUCUACUUCAACUAAUGUAUUGUCCGAAUAACGUGGAACGUGUAUUUAUACAUAUAAUGGGCUUGUUAUUGGGCUCGGUCUUGAAUAAUGGUCUGGUAAUAAUUAUUAUAAGGCUUUUCUGUUCAAGUGCAUGAAACGCUGUCGUUUAAUCAAGUGAAU